AUGGAUGCUGGCAAGGCCCGUGGGCCUGUGUUGGAGCCCACCACAGAAUUUUCUCCAGGGCCAGCAGAGAAGGGCACAGGGCGAGCCCUGGCUCCUGGCACCACAUGCCCCUUUCGCAGCUCCCCGCGAUGGGACCCCAGCCCCUUCCGCAGCUCCCGUUCCCCGCGCCGAGCCCCGCCUCUCCCCGGGCCGUCACGGGCCUGGCGCAGGCGCAGCUUGGCUAUGGCGGGAGCCGUGGAGCGGCGCCUCGCCCAGUACCGCGCCGCCCGCGGUAGCUCUGCCGCCGCUCCGCGCCCCGCCGAGCUGCCGGGAAAGGCCGCGGCUCCGGAGGCCGCCGAGGGACCGCGGGCAGCCGCGGAGGGCACGGGCGGCGGCGCUGAGGUCCCGCCCGGCGCGCCGGCGGCUCCGGUGUGGGCGCGCCCGCUGCUGCUGAAGGUGCUGCUAUGGGCUGUGCUGCUGGCGCUGUUUGCGGAGCUGGAGCUCGGGCUGCCCUACUUCGUGCUCUCCCUGCUCUACUGGAUGUACGCCGGCACCCGCGGCCCCACCGACCGGCGGCCCGGCGAGCUUAGCGCCUACUCCAUUUUCAACCCCGGCUGCGUCGCCAUCGCCGGGACGCUGACGGCCGAGCAGCUGGAGCGGGAGCUGCACUACCGGCCCGCCGCGGGCAGGUAGCGCCGGGCCCGGCGGGGACUGCGCUGUGUCGGGCCGGGGCAGCAGCCGCGCCGGACCGGCCCCGCUGCCGCCGCCCCGAGGGGCUUGAGGGAAUGAAAGGGGGUCAGUGCAAAAAAACCACCUGAGCCCCGUGUCCCACGGCGCCUGCCGGUCCCGAAUAAAGCCGUAGCAAAA